AUGUCUAAUCAACCUCCAAUUGCUUCAAGCCAAACUGAAGUAGGAGAAGCUACUUCCAAAAUAAAGAGAAAGAGUAUGAAGCCAAGAUCAAUUAUUUGGGAUCACUUAACCAAGUGGAAUUCUACUUAUCUGAUAUUAAGUUCUGCUCUGAAGUUUGAAAAUGCAUUUGAAAGAUAUGCAACUGUAGAUCCAUACUUUAAAAUUGAUCUUCAAUCAUGUGAGAGUAAUGGUGUGCCAGAUAGUCUAGAAUGGGAAUAUAUUGGAAAAAUUGUUGAAUUUUUGGGACAUUUUUAUGAACUUACUUUGAGAAUUUCUGAAUCUAGAUAUGUUACUUCUAAUAUAUUUUUUUAUGAGAUUAGUUCUAUUUGUUUGUUGCAAGAGUGGAAAUCAAGUAAUGACUUGGAGUUGUCAUGUAUGGGAGAGAAGAUGAAGCUUAAAUUUGAUAAAUAUUGGGGGGAGCUUGAUAAGAUGAAUAAAAUUAUUUACAUUGUAGUGGUGGUUGACUCUCGAUAUAAGUUAGAAUUUAUGCAUUUUGCUCUUUCAACUGUGUAUGGAAAAGAAAAAGGUACAGAAUUAGCAAAGAAGGUUAAAUUGUUUGUGUAUAAAUUAUUUGAUGACUACAAGAGAAUAUUUCAAUCUGAAAAUGCAAAUAAACACAUUGAAAAUGUAAGUGAGAGCAUCGAGGAAGGAACAAAAAAGAAACCUAGAAUGAGAUUGGGACAUCAAUUCAUGCAACAUAAAAUAGAGAUUGGUGAAGCGAAGAGCAAGUCUGACUUAUACUCUUAUUUGAAUGAGGACAUUUUAGUGUUGGAUGAGAAAGAAGAUUUUGACAUGUUAAAAUGGUGGAAAAUGAAUGCUAAUAGGUUUCCUAUCUUAUCACACAUGGUGAAAGAUAUAUUAGCGGUUCCUAUAUUCACAGUUGCUUAA